GAAUCUGAUGCUCCCCGCCGUGCGCUGCCUUGUCCAGCCAUUGUCGUGCAGGUGGGAAGCAAGGCCUUUCACACUUUUAUUUGCUGUCUAGCUUUCUUGCUCAGUGCGGACCUCUGACUUCCCUGCGGUUUCAGUCAGUCUCAACAUCGGCGUCAUCACAACAACGCGACCUGCGUCCACCACAACGACUGCAAAGCUAGCCAUAUCCCUCGAUACUUGCAUCCCUAUCACCGAGAUGUCUGGCUUCACCUUUGGCUCGAAUGCUGGCAGCAAUACGCCCAAGCCCAGUCUCUUUGGAGGGGGUGCGACCUCCGGGACAUCUGCUCCAUCGCUCUUCGGCAGUGCUACCAAUACCUCCAACACUGGAUCCAGCACGCCCGCCUCCAAAUCCCUCUUCGGCAGCACGACAGGUGGGGGCUCCAGUUUGUUCGGUGGUACUUCUUCUGCGACCACUUCCACACCGGCCUCAACUCAAUCAACUCUCUUCGGCGCGACGCAAGCGACCGCAGGCGCAACAGCAUCGAGCGCUAGCCCGUUCUCCUUUGGCAAACCCGCAACGACCUCCUCUUCGAAUGAUGGUGGGAAUGCACCCAAACCCUCCCUCUUUGGCGGAGGAGGGGCUGCUGGAGCUUCCGGCGGCUCAAGUUUCUCUUUUGGCCAACCAGCGACCUCCACGCCUGCCUCCACGAAGACAUUUACCCUGAGCUCGACAACUCCGGCUGGACCUCCACCAGGUACAAACCUCUUCGGCGCUCAAUCCAAGCCGGCCGAAACAGGCUCUCAGCAAACACCCUCUCUGUUCGGGUCCAAGCCUGCAUCCUCCUCUUCUACAACGUCGAAUCUCUUUGGGCAGCCCAGCACAGGUGACAGUACUUCGAAGUCGGCGGGUGGUGCUGCGGGUGGUGGAUUUGGGGGUUUUAGCUUUGGCAACAAGGACGCAUCCAAAGAUGCGACCAAGGAGACUCCUGCACAGCAACCUUCUACAGCGAGCGGCACAAAUCUCUUCAGCGCAGCUGCCGCAUCGGGGGCGCCUGGGGCGCAAGCGACGCAAGCGACGCCGAAACCUUCUUUGUUCGGGGGUGGUAGUACAACACCUGCAUCCACUCCAGCAAGCAAACCACCAACUUUCAGUCUCGGUGCAACGCCCACAUCCACUCAACCCUCUUCGCAGCCGACAAGUUCAUUGUUCGCAAAACCUGCAACUACCGGCGGAGCCGCCAUGUCUACUCCUUCGGCUCCCACUAGCAACCUGUUUGGUAACGGAGGCUUUUCCAUAGGUAAACCAGCUACAUCCACCCCUGCGACGUCGGGGGCUACUGCUACGACAGCAGGCGCAACAACGGGUACUACAGCAUCGAGCCUCUUCUCUGCCGCUGGUGCUUCCACACCGGCUGCCAGCACUGGUGCGGCUGCGAGCAGCACACCCGCUCCGUCUCUUUUCUCCAGCACCAGCGCGGCUGGGACCCAGCCAGCGACCUCCCAGGCUUCCUCGGGCAGUGGUGCGACUCCCUCCCUCUUCGGUUUUGCAAAGAAAGAUACACCUACCUCUACCGAGGCACCAAAAUCUACAACCACUGCAGCACCUGCAACGCAAGCCACCGCGGGAGCCGCAGGAACGGCUAAUGCCGAUGCCUCUAAAGCGGCCGAAACUUCUAAGCCAGGCGAAGCCGCCAAGGGUGGAUUUGCCGCCUCAACGGCUGGUCCAGCACCCUCCACGCAGUCGCGCCUGAAAAACAAGUCAAUGGACGAGAUCAUCACGCGAUGGGCUUCCGAUUUGUCCAAAUAUCAAAAAGAGUUCCAGUCGCAAGCCGAGAAGGUUGCCAAGUGGGAUGCUUGCAUCGUAGAGAACACUGAUAAGAUCAACAAGCUCUACUCGAAGACGUUCCAGGCAGAGCGGGAUGCAGCAGAAGUCGAGCGACAGUUGCGGACGAUGGAAGACAAUCAGCAAGAGCUGGAUAUGUACCUGGACCGUUACGAGAGGGAAGUCGACAACAUGCUGAAGCAUCAUGGGAUUAAUGGACAGGGCCGGGCCGAUGGCUUGCGCGGACCAGAUCAAGAGCGCGAACGGACGUACAAGUUGGCGGAAAAGCUGCAGGACAGGCUCAAUGAGCUCAACAAGGAUUUGACGGAGAUGAUUGAGGAGAUCAAUAGCACUUCGCAGACGCUCAGCAAGACGGGCAAGCCCGAUGAUCCUUUGACGAAAGUCGUCCGGGUUCUCAACUCGCAGCUCUCGCAGCUUCAGCUCAUUGACGCUGGACAAGCGGAGCUUCAGGAGAAGAUCAACAAAGCGCAGAAGGAGAGCCACCGGAUGGGGGCCAGUGGCUGGAAUGGCCUUGGUUCCGAUCCGGCUGAAGAUUUCUAUCGCAGCUUUCGGGGUAGCAGGGCCGAGAGGUUUGGAGGCGUCUCCUAGGGUAUGGUGGGAAAGGCGCACAAUCUGGACGGAGAUGCAGGAUAAUGGUAUUUGGGGGCUGGAAGCCGAGCACGAGCUCAAGAAUGUUCACUGGGAAUGAGAGACAAGUGUAUGAUUAUGGAAUCGCGGAAUGAUACAAAGCGAAUGUAGAGCGUGAGCACUUUGGCGGGCGGAACAAUGCAUUGACUGCACGAACUCGUUCGAAUAGCCAAAACGACCGAGAUUUCGUCAACAUAUCAGAACAUAUAUUUACUCGAAGGUACCUGAAGCACUCGCGAUUGCUAUCCUUUCAGAGAGUACAGGUGGCCGACUCUCAAAUGCGAAACCUGCGUGCCAGACCGGGCGCCAGAGGGGAGAGGAAAGAAGAUUCAUCGUCAUCUCAGAGUGUGG